AGGGUUCACAACUGUUGUCCCGCCAAUCAGUCGACUUGACGAUAAGGAAAGACGGUGAGCUGGGGAAAUCGAUACGUUAUUCGCCAAGAGCUCUCGCCCGACAAGUUCGGGUCGUCGGCAGGAUGGACAGUGUGCAAGGUUCGAAGACGCAGAAGCCUAUGAGGACAAUCGAUGACAAGUCUUUCACGAUGGUUUUACUCUGCUCGCCCAACAUCUCAAUGUUGCUACUAAUCACGCUCCUUGACCACACCAGUUUCACUCAACUCUGCCCAUCAUCUUUACGUCCCACCACCUUGGUUUACUCGAGCGUCGACUAUAUUAUCUGCGUCACGACCAGGCCAUAUCCCAAUGCCUGACCUGAAUAUCAAUGGAAGGAGCAUGGCGGAGUUCCUCAAGACUGAAGUCUUCCACGCCUCUUCACAAGACCGUUGUCAAAACACAACGUACUUGGAGCAAGUCGCAAGAGAAACUAUCGGCGAGACCUAUCUAGAAGAUGAUCCUUCGGUCGCGGAGUGGUUCCAAGGAUUAGUACCGUCAUCACAUAGCGUCAUUGAGUACGUGCGCGAAUUGUUCCCGUCGGUACAAUGGAUGCGGCGAUACAAUCUGCACUGGCUGCUUGGAGAUGCCAUCGCUGGGAUCACAGUAGGUCUUGUCGUGGUUCCACAAGCUAUGGCAUAUGCUCUCCUUGCCCAUCUGCCACCCGCGUUCGGUCUGUACACAACAUUCACAGGUGCUUGCAUAUAUUGGGUUUUUGGCACUUCCAAGGACAUUGUGAUUGGUACCACUGCCGUUGGGUCUCUUCUGGUCGGCAGCGUGAUUAGCAAGAUUGAAACCGAGAAGCCAGGAGUGUACAAGCCCCAGGACAUUGCGCAUGCACUUUCCUUCCUAGCUGGAAUCGUGUUGUUCGUGCUUGGCAUUUUGCGUCUCGGUUGGCUGAUCGAGUUCAUUCCUUACGUUCCAAUUUCCGCCUUUGUCACAUCCGCCAGUAUCACAAUCAUCUCCACGCAGAUCCCUACGUUGUUGGGUAUCACAGGGAUCAACACGCGCGAGUCCCCGUACAAAGUAUAUGUCAACAUAUUGAGAGGUUUGCCAAAUGCCAGGUUGGAUGCAGCCAUUGGAAUCACAUCUAUCGCGUUGCUCGUCUUGAUCAGAAACGUUUGUGCAAAGAUGGAACUGCGCCAACCCAACAAGAAGAAAGUAUGGUCGCUACUCUCUUCAUUGCGACUGACGUUUACGAUUCUCCUUUACACGCUCAUCAGUUGGCUUGUGCAUCGCAAUGUGACUGAGGGAAAAGAAAGGUUCCGCAUCGUGGGACACAUUGACAAAGGCUUCAGUCAUGCUGGUAUUCCGCCCAUGGAUCGCGAUCUGUUCGGACUUGUCGCUUCAGAACUCCCUGCCAUUGUUAUAAUCCUCAUAGUCGAGCAUAUCGCCAUCGCCAAGUCAUUUGGUCGUAGCUUUGGCUACAACAUCCGCCCAUCUCAGGAAAUGAUUGCACAAGGCGCCUCCAACAUCUUCAGCCCUUUCGUGGGUGGCUACGUGUGUACAGGCUCAUUUGGUGCUUCUGCCGUUCUUUCCAAGGCAGCUGUACGCACGCCGCUUGCAGGCCUGUUCAGCGCAAUGGUCUUAGUAUUAGCACUAUACGCACUCACAGAGGUGUUUUACUAUAUACCGAACGCGGCACUCGCUGGUCUGAUCAUCCACUGCACCACCAAUCUACUGACGCCACCCAAAUCCCUUUACAGAUACUGGCAGCUGUCACCGUUCGAACUUCUCAUAUGGGUUUCUGGUGUCACCGUCGCGUUCUUCACAAACCUUGAGACAGCUAUCUACCUGACGGUUGGUCUUUCUUUUGCGAUGCUUCUUGUCCGUAUGUCAAGAUCACCAGGUGAUUUUCGAGGGUCAGUUGAAGUAACACGAAUCUCUCGCGAUGAACGGGUUCAGGAGUCAGAUGUGUCAUACCCGGAAAUAACAUCACCUUCAACUGAACACCAUAGUUACGUCCAAAUCACUCGUCAAGUCUUUCUCCCACACACCGGCAAGAGUAACCACAACCCUAACGUUACUGUCGAGCCCGCAUAUCCGGGCGUCUUCAUCUACCGGUUCAGCGAGAAUUUCAAUUACGUCAAUCAAGCCUAUCACAUGGACCACCUCAUUACGUAUGUCAAGUCACACACACGCCGCUCGGAUGUUGAGGAUGGAAUUCGUGCAAGCGAUCAUCUAUGGUGUGAUGACCUUCCCUCCAAAGCGUACACUGAGGAAAGCUACUCGUUACCACUUCUGAAGGCGAUCGUUCUCGACUUCUCGACAGUAAACAUCGUCGACAUAACUAGCGUGCAAGGUCUUGUCGACUUACGGCAUACUCUCGAUCGUUAUGCUGCUCCUACGUUGGUUGAAUGGCACUUUGCAGGUGUACACAACCGCUGGACACGACGCGCUCUUGUGUCCGCCGGAUUCGGCUUCCCAGCUGCAAAUGAUACGGAUGCAGUAGGUUGUUGGAGUCCAGCAUAUACAGUUGCUGUGCCAUCAUUGACUGCGACUCCAAAAGAACAGCGUGAACUUAUAUCCGUACACCAGCAGAUACAGCUUGAUGACAAAGGGAGUGAGAAUGCCAACAGGCUAGCACCACUAUAUGGUGUUGAUCGGCCUUUCUUCCACGUCGACCUCCAUGAUGCUGUCGACGCUGCGGUUCGAGACGCAAAGAGGAAGGACGAGUGUGAGGCUAUCACUACAGUAUGAUAGUUAAGUAGUCAGCGU